UGCUUGGGGGGGGGGGGGAAUAAUUUUUAAAAUGGUAAUGUUCAUAAUCCCCAGUCACCAUGAUUACUAACUAUGCUGGCUAUGAGAUUAUGGAAUCUGUAGUCCCAAAAGUAAUUUCGAGACUCUGCUUAGCGGGUUAUAUCUAUGUGGUAUGUGUGUCUGAGCAAACAUGUAAGGGAUGGUAAGACAGCAUCUGGACUGGCCCUGCACACUUUGGGCUGUGGAUUUUGCCACGACUGGCAUUCAACCCCUGUUAUGCUUGUCUGGAGCCAAUGAAGCUGCUCUUACAGCAAAGAAAGGUCCCAGACUCAUGAAUAAGCUGCCAACAUUUCAGAAAGGUUCCAUUAGCACUCUUUUCUUUAAGAAACUUCAGAUAAGCCUCUAAAAAAAUCUAUAUCUAAGGAGAAUUUGAUUAGAGAACCUCUGUUCUCAAUUAUGUUGCUUGCUUGUUGAGUGUGAUUUGUGAACCUCCUUGAUUAUAAGACCAAAUCUAUCACUAGAAUGUGAAGGCUGUGUGUUGGCUGGUAAUUUUUUUCUCAUUGUUAUCAUUACUGCUAUAUCUUGGGGAAUGGAAAAUAGAAAAUUGAGGUUGAAGAUUAUUUGUUUAUUUAAAUUGGGACAUGCUGGAGAAGGGCAUGGAGACUGGCACUCGGUGUUUUGUUGCAUUCAAGUACUGAUCCCCAAAACAACAACAGUGAUAAUCAAUACAUAUUAAGUAGUGCUGGUGUUCGUGAUAAUGAUGGUGUGAUGGAUCCAGAUUCAGCUGCAUGUAUGAUAAACCCACUGGUAUCAAGUAAACUUUCACCCAGACUGAUUGAAAAGUCCCAGAUUUUGUUUCAGUUCUUUAUGAAUUUAUAAUGGAUUUAGAUAAACUGACCUGGAGAGCUGAUAGAAAAAAUCUCUGCUUGUACCAGGAGCUGAAAUAAACUGUUCUGAUAUAUAGAAAACCUGUCUGGAUCUCUAAAAUAAAGUCGGAAGGAACUAAAUCUGUGACUUUAUGGCAUUUUUAGUCUGGAUUCUCCCUUUCAUUAGUGAAUAAAGUUAUUCAACUAUCUUAUGUCCCUUUUGAUUUCACUAGGUCUAGUUUGAUGAUGAUCUAAGGCAAGAUCCAUCCCAAUGGCAACGUUGAUAUUACUGUAAUUGUAGUGAUUCAUUGAGUGGGGAUAUCAAGAUGUCAUCAGUUUGUCUGAACACAUAUACACUCAGACACACAACCAGGGUUUCUAUAAACAAAGGCAAAAUAUGUUCCUUUCAUGGCUGCCGUUGAGGCUUUCAGGACCGUCUGCAGGUGUCUUGCAGUCUUACUCAAAAUCAAAUGGAAAGUUGGGCGGGCCAAGCUCUCCCUUUGUAUUUCACAAACUACCCAGUCCAGAUUGUUCACUGGCAAGAAGGAAGCGUACAAUCAAGAUGUUAAGUCUAUGAGGUUGUUUUCUCCCCUCCCCGAGUCUGCGAAUUGCAAGAAUCCACGGAAGGAAGGCACGUCAAAACCGAAAUGGGAACUGAACGGGCCCUUGUGCUGGAUCGCUUAGCGAGCAAUGUAGCCAAGAGGAAAAGCUCCAUGCCACAGAAAUUUGUUGGUGAGAAACGUCCCAGCUUUGAAGUGAAUUAUAGCUCUAGCUUUGGGUAUGAGAAAGAGAGGGAUGUCAUGCUACAAGGAGGCAUGUUGGAUCAAGCCAUCAACAAUGCUAUUGGCUACCUUGGGGUGGAUGCCCUGCGCCCGAUUGUGCAGACACCAGCAGCCCCAACCUCUGAGAUGGUGCCUGUGAUCAGCAGCCUGUAUCCUCUGGCACUCACCCGCACUGAAGUGAUCACCAGUAACUCACAAGAGGUAGAAAAAAGCCACAUUAUCCAGCUGAGAGACAAGGCUAUGUCUUCUGACAGAGGCCUUUCUCCAAACAAUAGUGGCCAGGAUUCUACAGAUUCGGAUAGCAACCAAGAAGAACACAAGCCUCAUCCCUAUCAUCACAAUCAAGCAGCCUCCCCUGCUCUGCAGGCUCGAAAUGGGCUUCUGACCUACAAGGAAUACUCCAGAGCAUAUGACAUCUUCAGGUCACCAGCCAUUUGUCCCCGUGACGUCUUGAAGGUCUUCAACAAGGAAGGUGAACCCAUUGGCGUCUACCGAUGUGACCACUGCCGUGUCCUCUUUCUGGAUUAUGUCAUGUUCACCAUCCACAUGGGAUGCCAUGGCUUCCGUGACCCUUUUGAAUGCAAUGUGUGUGGGCACAGGAGUCAGGACAAAUAUGAGUUCUCUUCCCACAUCGUCCGUGGUGAGCACCGAAUGGGGCUGAAAUGAGAAGGGAAUGCCGCCUUCAUUUUCUGGGAGAUGUCACGCGCAUUGAUGCAGCAGAAUUCAGACAGUCUGAAGCCAGUUUGAAAAGUACUAUGUGACCUCCCUUCAAAUCUUAGAACUUUGUGAGGAUAUUGUCAUCUGAAUGGUUUUGAAGAUUUUUCAUCUUCUGAAAAUUAUGGUUCUCAUCUCUUGAACGAAAGCCAGUAGGUUUAAACUGAUUUAAAACUGCUUUGCAUGUGCAUUGCCAUCAAAUGUUAAAGGAUCUUCCUUUUUUUUAAAAAAAAAAAAAGUCUUUUUAGAUAUGUUCUAGAAGUGUUAUGCCCAAUCUGCUUUGUAUUCUGAAAUCUAUUCAGCUCUCUCAGAAAGUGCUUAAAUUCUAGGAAAAGAGACAUGUGUCACACCUCCCUUUCUACCAUUAGCUGUUUGAAGAUAGAUAGGAAAACUUCUUUUCCAGCAGAUAUGUGACAGGUUCUCCUGUCGGCUUAGUAGCAGUUAUGCCAGCAUUAUCCAGUAUUGAUAUCCAAUCUCGGUUCUUAAUUAAUAGUGUUGACAUCUAUUAAAAUUGUAUAGGGAUUAAAUAUUUGUUUAUUUUGUUUUUGCAUUUUGGGAACCCCCCAAAACCCCACCAUGUUAUUUUUCUUCAGUGAUAUUUUUCUCAUUUUAUUUAAGGAUUUUACUCAUUUUAGGACUUCCCUCAAAAAUUCAUGUGAAAAUAGGCACAAAAAUGUUUUAUUCAAAAAAACAUUUGUUGGAGGAUUGUAUUUUGCAUACAACUCACUAAAUACAAUAGCAGUAAAUAAAUAAAUAAAUAAUAAUAAUAACAAAAACAACAAAACAACAACAGCAAUAAUAAUAAUAAUAAAAUGUAUUCUAUUCCCGUCCCAUCUCCCCGAAGGGACUCGGUGCAGCUCAUAUGGGGACCAAGCCCAGCAACACAGUAAAAUACAAUCACAUAAAUACAUUUAAAACAUAUAAACAUAAAAUCAUAAAACAUAUAAUACAUUAAAACAUACUCAAAACCAAUAGCUAAUAGUCAGACGCAGUGAAAAUAUUUCACUAGGGACAAGGCAAAUGUUGUCGGUGUACAAUUUCUUAUAACCUCUACUGAAUGGACCAGAAAAAGUUCAGCAACUGGGUCUAGGUGAAGGUAAGGGACAGAAGAACAAGAUAAUGAUAUAUUUUUAGAUCUCCCCUGAAGUCUAGAAAUGUACUAUUGUAUUGUGUAGUGUAGUGUAGUAUAGUGUAGUGUAGUGCUGUAGUGUUUGUAUCCAGUCUUUCCCUCCAAGCUGGAAUUCAAGUGAUCCAAUGUUUACAGUUUUCAUUAGGAAACUUCUUCCUUUUCUGUCACAUGUAUACAUAUUAAUUUUUUUUUGUAACCCAGGCAUUUUUUUUCUGCUCAAACCAUGUUUUGAACAUUUUUGAGGUGUGGACAAUGAUGCUGUAUUAUAUGGUUUUCUAGAGUAUAUUAAUUAUUAACCAAAGGCAACCAAAGUCUUAAAGAUUUACUUCUUUAACUCAUUUUUGGAAGAAACCAAAUAGUGGCAGCAGGCAUGUAGCUGGGGGGGGAGGCUUGAGGGGCUUCAGCCCCCCCCCCCCGAAAUUCUCAGGGUGGUCCGCGAGAAGGCCUUACAUUUAUUAUUUAAAUUGUUAUGUUUAUUCAUAUCAUGAUCUGAUCACCAUGCUCAAUAUAUUCCAUAUGCAUGGGGCUAUUGGGAUAAUGAUACAAAAGGUUUGCUAGGGUAGACCCUCCCCUGCUCAGACUCAUCCCCCCCCCCCGAACCAAAAUCCCAGCCCCUCCCAAAACAAAAUCCUGGCUACGGGCCUGAGUGGCAGCAUAAGAUGCUUCAAGACAACUGCUGCUGCUCAGUUGUUUAGUCAUUUCCUACUCUUCGUGACUUCAUGGACCAGUCCACGCCAGAGCUCCCUGUCGGCCGUCAUCGGCCCCAGUUCCUUCAAGGUCAAGCCAGUCACUUCAAGGAUACCGUCCGUCCAUCUCGCCCUUGGUCGGCCUCUCUUCCUUUUUCCUUUCAUUUUCCCCAGCAUCAUUCUCUUCUCUAAGCUUUCCUGUCUUUUCAUGAUGUGGCCAAAGUACUUCAUCUUUGCCUCUAAUAUUCUUCCCUCCAGUGAGCAGCCGGGCAUUAUUUCCUGGAGGAUGGACUGGUUGGAUCUUCUUGCGGUCCAAGGCACUCUCAGGAUUUUCCUCCAGCACCAAAGGCAUCUAUCUUCCUUUGCUCAGCCUUUCUUAUGGUCCAGCUCUCGCAUCCAUAGGUUACUACGGGGAAUACCAUUGCUUUGACUAUGCGGACCUUCGUGGCCAGUGUCUCUGCUUUUCACUAUUUUGUCAAGGUUAGCCAUUGCUCUCCUCCCAAGAAGUAAACGUCUUCUGAUUUCCUGGCUGCAGUCUGCAUCUGCAGUGAUCUUCGUGCCUAGAAAUAUAAAGUCUGUCACUGCCUCCACGUUUUCUCCUUCUAUUUGCCAGUUGUCAGUAGGUGUGGUUGCCAUAAUCUUGGUUUUCUUGAUGUUUAACUGCAACCCAGCUUUUGCACUUUCUUCUUUCACCUUGAAUAUAUAUCUGCUUUGCUUUGUAGAAUGUUUUCAUACUGCUUCUGUCUCCAUCAAGAAAAUCCCUUGAAAAGGGAAAGAUUGAAUUGUUCCUCAGCAUUGCAGUGCCACAAUGGGAAGGCUGAUUGACAGAAGUUAAAUUUCAAAGACAGGAUGGUGGGGCAGGAAUGCAUACAGUUCUUAAGCCAAGUUACUGAAGGUGUGAUUUUUGUCUGUAGCCAAGCCAGGCAGACAACCUGUUAGGACCUUGUCACAUGGCCACCAAAGUCACUCCUCAUCGUUAAGCAGUGUGGGGAACCCAGCGCCCCACACACCGCAUUGACUGGAUCUAAUACAGGACAAUCCCAUGAAGGGAAGCCUUGAUUGCAUGGCUUCACCCCAUGGCUUCCUAUGGCAACACGGGAAGCGGUGGCAGCAUGUGCUGGUUCUGCCCUACUUCACCCACGGAGCCCCGUCGGCAUCGUUUGAUAGGCUCCAUGGGUGACCUGGGCUAAACUGGUGUAUGCAGCCAUUUUUGGCCCUUUUGAUGAGGUUGUUUCUUAAAAUGUCAUAAAUUAGACUUAGGUAAUCAUUACUGCUUUUUAUUUUAUUUGCAAUCAUGUCAUCAUUGCUACAACAAUAAACAACCCUGAAACUCAUCUUAAAAGUCAUCCAGCCAUCCAGAGCAAUUGAGAUUACUAGUGAUAACAAGCAGGAUACUGCCACAAGCCCUUUCAUACCAGUGAGCAAAGCUACAAUGAAGAAUUGCAACAAGUCUCUAUGGGAACCUCUGCAUUUGCCUCUUGCAGCCUCACUUGUUGGCAGGAGUGGCCUGGUCGCGUCAUCCUUUAGUAUCCCAAUUACCAGCAGCAGUUGUAUCACUCCUGGCUUUUAAGGUGGGCUUCAGGAGUUGGAUAGGGAAUUAAAGCAUAGCCAUGCUAUAGGUAUAUGUUUAAUCUGGGUUCUUGGCCAAUAACUGCAUUACAGCAGAUCUGUUUUGAUCUAUCCUAGUAAUCUCAGUUCCCAGUACAAUAUGUUUUGUCUAAAUCAUUAUUCAAAACCAGAGAGUUAAUGAGAUUGGUAUGUAAAGGAGAGCACAGGAACAAAUGGGUGUAUGAUAACAGCAAAACCUGGAAAAAGUUAUUUUAGGGAAACUAUAAUUCUCAGGAAUCUUAGCCAGUUUGGCCACUGGUCUUGCUGACUGAAGGGGUUCAGGGAAUUGUAAUUACCCAAAGUAACUUUUCCUAGCUCUGGAUAAAUAUUUGUAAGACAGCCACUGAAAAUUGUUAUUUGAGAGUGUUUCUCUGAGACCAAUGCAACAGCUUGUUUCUGCUUUGAAAAUAGUCUUUCCAAACUUGUUCUGUUCUUGUCUUUUUAAAUGGAAGAGAUAAGUAUAAUGCAUGUUUUAUAUAUAUGCCUUUUCUACAAUGUACAGUGAUGAAUUUAUUUUUAAUACAGCAUACUUUUUAAAUAACAAA